AGAGUUAGCAUUUGAAUGUCCCAGUGUACCCGGGUAGGCGGGCACCUCCUUUCAGAACCACUGAAACGCUACAGUGAGAAGAUGGCGACGGACGGAGCGGGUGGGGAGCAGCCUUCUCAGAUCCAAACGCUGACAACCGCUGUGUGUGGAAGCGUCGAAAUGAAAUGCGAGUUGAACAUGGACAACCUGAGCAAGCCCGAGCUUCUGACUCUGCUCAGCAUCAUGGAAGGCGAGCUGGAGGCACGGGACCUGGUUAUCGAGGCUCUUAGGGCCCCCCGGAACGAGGCCUUCAUCCAGGAGCGCUACGGCCACUUCAACCUGUCGGACCCCUUCCUGGCGCUGCAGCGCGACUUUGAGUCGGGGGGCGGGGCCAAGGCGCGGCGGGCGCCGUGUGCCAGCCCCCUGGCCGUGCUGGAGGUCGUCAUGGCGCACUGCCGGAGGAUGCAGGAGCGGAUGGCUGCGCAGCUCGCCGCCGCCGACGCCCGGCAGAAGAAGCUGGAGCAGGAGAAGGCGCAGCUGCAGGGCCUGCAGCAGGAGCAGCGGCGGCUGUCGGCGCAGCUGAGGGAGGAGCGGGAGAAGGGCAAGCACAUGGUCAGCAUGCUGGUGCGCGAGUGCAAGCAGCUGAGCGGCCGGGCGGCCGAGGAGGCGCGCCGCUGCCAGGACCUCUCCGCCCAGCUGGAGGAGGAGGCGCGGGCCUCGGGCCGGCUGGGGGAGGAGCUGCGGGCGGAGCGGCAGAAGGGGCAGCAGGCGGAGGCGGCCGCGGAGAAGCAGCUGUGGGAGCUGGACACGGAGCGGGAGCAGCUGCGGGCGCGGCUGGGCCGGGAGGAGGCGCGCGGGGCGGAGCUGAGGGAGGAGAGCGAGGCGCUGCGCCGGCAGGUGGAGGAGCUGAGGACUGAGAGGGAGGCCCCGCCCCCUGAAGCUACGGCCGCGCCUCCUGCAGCUGUGGCCCCGCCCCCUGCGGACGAAGCCGCACCCUCCACGGACAAGGUGGCCACGGUCUCCGUCGGCGUGGGGACCGAUCACGUGACCUGCCGGGUGGCCAUGUGUCAGACCGACCCGCCCGCGGCGGAAAUCGGCGUGGAGGGGCUGAGGAAGGCGCCCCUCGCCCUCCCCGCCAAACCGUCCCCCGCCAGCUACGGGGGCGUGGGCCGCGGGGCGCGGGGGCUCCCCCAGUCCGAGAACGGCCCGGGGGGGCCCGACCCCUCUCCAGCGCCCCACCCCACCGGGAUCAGCCCGCGGGUCCAGGCCGCCCGCUACAAGUUCCAGGCCCCCGCCGAGCAGGACCAAAACGGCACGCCCAGCCCCCCCUCCCGGGACCUGUCCCCCAACAACCGGGACAGCUUCGCCGCCCGGCAGCAGGCCCGGCACACCGUCACCCAGGUCCUGUCCCGCUUCACCAGCCCGCCCGCGGGGGGCGCCCUCCGGCCCGGCCCGCCCCACCCCGCCCCCGAGGGGGGGGGGCCCGUCCCCGCCCGGCUGGGCCCGCACGUCGGCCUCAAGUCCCCCACGCCGGGGCGGAUCGACCGCGGCAACCCGCCGCCCAUCCCGCCCAAAAAGCCGGGCCUCUCUCAGACGCCCUCCCCGCCCCACCCCGCCAUGAAGGUGUCGGGGGAAGGCGUCAGGCCCCCGGCCCCUGGCGCGGGGGGUCUGCCCAAACCGGCCACGCCCCAGCUCCCGCCCAAGCCCGCCAUCGACCUGGCGGGCCGGGGGGGCGGCUGUCCCGUCCCAGCCUUGACAGCGACUCAGGUGGGUGCCGGCCCCGCCCCGGAGCGGGGGCCCCACCGGCCCGCAUGCGCAGGGUGUUCCCCUAGCUCCCCCGCCCCCCCCGCUAGCGCUGCGCCCCGUAGCUCCUGUGAGUCAGACAGCCUCCCGGCAGCAGCCUCAGGCUGGUGUGCGCCCGUAGCCCCCCCGCCAGCCUGCGGGGGCCCCGUCCCCCUGGUCGACGGGCGCACCCUCCUCCUCCUCGCUGCUGCCCAGGGAAACGUCACUUUGCUCUCCGUGCUGCUCAGCCCCGGCGAGGGAGGCGCCGCUGCCUUGUAUUCUGCUGCUCAAAACGGACACACAGAAUGUGUGAAGCUGCUGCUGGCUGCAGGUGUUGCCGCUGAAGUUCCAGAUAAAAAGGGCUUUACGCCUCUGCACACUGCUGCCGCCCACGGCAAGCCCAGGCGCGUGGAGGAGCUGGCGGGCGUGGCCGUGGACGUCGACCACUCGGCGGCGGACGGGCGGACCGCGCUCUUCCUGGCGUGCGGGAGCGGGAGCCCCGACAGCGUCAGGGCCCUGCUGGACGCCGGGGCCGACCGCACCCUCGUCAGCGCGGACGGCUGGACGACCCUGCACGCCGCGGCCAGCGCGGGCAACGCCUUCAGCCUGGAGCUCCUCCUCCACCACCCGCCCCCCAGCGCCGACCCCGCCCCCCCUGCUGCCGUGACCGCCGCCCAGCGGGACAAGAGGCCCCCCCUCCUGCCCAGCGCCCUCCUCAACCACUGCAACCGGGACGGCUGGACCCCCGCCCACAUCUCUGCAUCCAAAGGCUUUAAGAAUUGUCUGGCGGUGCUGUGUGGCCACAGCGAGCUGGACAUUGAGAAAAGGGACAAGUGCAACCGGACUAUCCAUGACGUGGCCACCGACGACUGCAAAGACCUGCUGGAGAACCUGGACUCCUACAGGGUUCUGGUCCGGAUCCAGAGAGGCUCGGAGGAGCGGGUCUGCACCGUGGACAUGCUGGAGGACGGGCUCACCGUCGGCAUGGUGACGGUGCGCAGGGCCACCGGCUGGGCGGAGCUGUCCCAGAGUCUGACCCGGGCCCUGUCCGCUCACUUCCUCCUGCUGAGCGGGGGCGGAGCUUCUCUGGGGCUCAGCGCCGACAGCGUCUCCUCCGUCCUCAUUGGUGAUGCUGUUUGGCACCCUGGCCAGCCGCUCUCCCCGUCGCCGUGGGAUCUGAUCAGGAAGCGUCACUGUCAGCACCUGACCGUCAGGCUGAAAGGCCUGUCUGAGUCGUCUCUGGAGGAGCUGGUGUAUGAUUCUCUGAUCCCCCUGCAGCUGCUCCAGAACUACAUCCGGCUGGUGGAACAGUAUCGCAAUAUCAUCUUCCAUGGCUUAGAGGGAAGCUGCCAGGAUUAUAUAGCCAAUCAAAUCUGCCGAUGCAUAAAGCACAAACAGGAGGCUAUGGGCGUUUGCUGUGACAUCAUCAGAGUGGAGGUGGAUGAGACCCUGUCCAAGGAACAGCUGGUGGAGACCUUCAUAAACUGUGGCUUCCUGGUCCCCGAGCGGCAGUGUGUGACCGGUGCUAGCGUGGUGGUGCUGCUGGAGGGUCUGGAGAGAGCCCGCUCCCUGUCGGAGCUCCUGGGGGACCUGUGCGAAGGGCUGGAGAACCGGGGCUCGGCCUACCCGCUGCCCCUGCUUCAUGCUCGGGACAGCUGCGGCCUGCACCGCUUCCACGAGGGCGGCUUUCUGAUUGGCACGCUCUCCAAGCCCCGCCUACACGGGGCGGAGCUUCUGCUGCAGCAGCACUUCCGCUGGGUGCAGCUGCGCUGGGACUCGGAACCACUGUCUGGCCUCCUGAACCGACACCUGAACAGGAAGCUGGUGCACAAGAUGAGGGGCCAGGUGCCUCCCGCCGCGGACGUGCUGAGUCGCACUGUGGCCUGGGUGUGCGCCGUGUGGCAGCAGCUCAACUCCUGCCUGACCCGUCUGGGGGCCCCAGAGGCCCUGAUAGGGCCACAGAUGUUCCUGUCGUGCCCCGUGGUACCAGAGCAGGCCCAGGCUGUCCUCAAGUGGCUGUCCCGGCUGUGGAAUGUGGUGGUGGUCCCCCGCGUGGAGGAAGCCAUCGGCGCCAGGGUGACGGCCAAACGGUCUCCGGGCCAGCGCCAGUCGCCCAGCAACAAAAACCUGUGUCCCAGGCAACAGGCUGUGGUGAAGGCCGCCCUCAGCAUCCUGGUCAACAAGGCCGUCCUGCAGGGGUGUCCACUGCAGCGCACAGAGAUAGAUGAGCACCUGCCGGCAUUCCAGGGCAGCGGCUUCCCCCUGCUGUCACUCAGCCCGAAUAAGGGCGGAGCUAAGAAGGGGCGGGACGCUGCCGGCUGGCGGAAGGCUAGCACCAGCCCGCGCAAGAAGGGCGGCCCCGCCCCCGCCUGGAGGGCCGGUGGCACGCUCAGAGAGGGUUUGCUGUGCAGCACUGACUCCAGUGGCCAGAGGGAGGACGUGCAGCUGUCUCUGAGCUCAGAUGACCUCAUUCAGGAGCUGCAGGCCAUGUGCAGCAGCCGCUCCGAGCCGGACGUCAGUAAGGUGGGUCGCUCUCCCUCAAAUCUCAGCGCCCCCGGGCCCGCCGGCAGCAAAAACAGGGCCCCCAAACCCAGGUCCCAGCUCCCCGUCCCAGCCAGCACCCUGCAGCCCCCCGGCAGCGUCCCGCGCAGCAGAACAAGGCAGACGUCGUCGCCCAAAAACAAACCGCCAGAGGAGAUCUGGAUCCUGCACAGAGAGCCACAUUGAAACCCAGGCCUCGCCCCCUUUUCCCUGUUCUCUCUCUCCACCUCGUCACAGUAGAACUGAGACUGCUUUUCGUAUCUGUUCUCGUUAUAGCCGUACUUGAUGCAAUGUAUAACAUUGUGUACAUGGGGACCGUAGUUCUAUUCUGUUGUAUAGUGUAUUGAGUUUUAGGUGGGGGAGAACUCAACAUGUUAA